UUUUAAUUCAAAAUGGCAAAAGCUGAUUUCUGCUUAGCCCCUCCAAAGAUUUCUAGACACUGGAUGCCGGACGACCGACCACUGGGUUGGCUAAACCGAACAAUAAACCGAUUUGCCAUCAAUUCCUGAGAGACCAUUCAUUGUCCUGUUUAGCUAACCCAUUGGUCGGUCGUCCGACAUCCAGUGUCUAGAAAUCUGUGGCCACUUUUUCCCAUGGUUGGGACCGACUCUCGUCCAUGAAAUCAAACAUCACGAAAAAAGCUGAAGCCCAAACACUCCUUUCAUUGUUUUUUAUUUAGUCAUAACAUUGCUCAAUGGGCUGGGGUUAACAGAACAACGGCCUCAUCAUGUAUCACCCGCCUUCUCGCGGUCCGACCUCCGGCCACGGGAGCGAGCCCGUUGAGCUAGAGAACCAGUUCAUCUUGCGGAUUCCGUCCGAGCCGGCGGCCGCACUCAAAGAGGCCCUGGCCGUGGGCGCCUCCAACAUCCGUGACCGGUUCCGCAUCCAAAUCGCGCCCGAAAAGGACUCAUCUAACAAUCAACUGCGUCGUGGCGAGGUGGUCUUCGAUGGGUGGAAGAUGUCGGCCAAGAUGGUGGACCUGCCCACCAUCAUCGAGUCCCAGAAGACCAUCGACAAGAAGACCUUCUACAAGACGGCCGACAUAUCGCAAAUGCUGAUUUGCCACGAGGGCGAGCCCUCCGAGGACGAGGAGUUGCCCUCGCCCACCAAGCUCAAGGCCAAGGCCAAGGACCCCAACAAGGUGGACCGGAAAUUCGUGUUCCAACACGGCGUGGUGCCGCCGUUGCGCAACUGUCGGAAGCGUCGAUUCCGCAAGACACUCCGCAAGAAGCACGUGGAGGCACCCGAGAUCGAGAAGGAGGUCAAGCGAUUGCUCCGGGUCGAUAAUGAGGCCGUCAAGACCACGUGGGAUCUGAUCACCGAGGAGGAGCUCAACGCUUCCGGUGCGGGCGAGAACACGGGUGGACCUAGUGGGCUUUUGGGCGAAGAGAGCAGUCUGGUGGGGCAUCAAGACCUGUUUGGCGCCUUGUCCGACUCGGACGACAUGGACGAUGACGAUGACACCCGGCGAGAUGUCGACAUCGACUCGGAAGCCGAUAGUAACAUGUUUCCCACGGGCAACAACACCAGUACCACCAAUAACCCCACCCCAGGUAAAUCUGAGGGUGCUUUGGUCACCGAGUUCUCCAAGGACAUGUUCCUUCCCCCGCCCAUCCGCAUGCCGGAACCGGUGCACGAACAGCCCCCGCCCCCGCCCCCCGCUCAAAGUGCCGUGUCCAUAAAGCUGGACACUUUGAACGCCGAGAUUGCUCAAUUGCACACGCGAAAGACGGAAUUGGAGCGGAACAUUGCGACUUGCGACAACCAAGGCCUCAAGAUUCGGCUCGAGGACUCGUUACAAGUGAUUUUGGGCGAGAUCAGUCAGAAAGAGACCGAGGCCGACGGACUCUCUAUGUUGGGAUAAGUCCGUAUACGUAGUGUUCGAAUGGAUCAUGGAAAUGAACAAGUGUUUUGUAAUUAGAAUCGCAGAAGAUUGAAAUAUUAAUGCCGGUUGAUUUGA